UGUUUGUUAUUAUUUACAGCUGACUCCCGUGAGCGGAAGAAGACAAUAAUAAUGUGUUGAGUUCAGCUCUUUUGGCUUGGAUUAAUUUGAUCUCAUAUGAGCCUGUCAUAGACGUUCAUACCUGAAGCUAUAGAAAAUCUCAGCUUUAGGUUUCUAGAUCUGUCUCGUUACCAAGCCAACACUAGACUAGAUUCUAGACAUCUAGACUUUAGUCAACGUCAAAUCCUUUCGAGACCACGUUCUGUUCUGUCUGCUCUGAUUCACGUAACGACGCCUUCACGUAACUCAAAGGCUAGGCAAGAACUUCAUUUCAUUCAUGUUAUGGCAUCGUCUCAUUGUCUAUCGGAAGAGUCAGAUUCAGGAGUAGGGGGGACCUCUAACACUAACAGUCACAGUGUUGACUAUGAAAACGGAGAUUUAGAUCUAGACUGCUCAGCAGAUAAAAUUAAUCAGUUUCCUGAAGCCCUUGUUUUGGAAAUUCUCCGUUAUUUGCCAGUGAAGGAACGAUGUAUAGCAGGACGAGUUUGCAAGAGAUGGCGACGUAUUGUGUCGGACAACUCACUGUGGCGCCAUGUAGAUCUACUGCAAUACCGGUUGGACUUGCCAAGAAUGUGGAAAGUGCUUAGGGCCCACUUUUCCCCAUGUUUGCUUACCAUGAAAGUGAAAGGCUUUGCUCAUGCAGCUUCUCGCAAAAGGAAGAAGAUGUCAGUGUCAGACUCUAUGAUGAAGGAGCUGUCAUUCCGCUGUCCUAACCUGACUGUCUUACAUCUCCAUGACUGCAACACGGAGAAUCUAUCAUUCGACAGCCUGCCGUGCUCCAUUACCUCUCUCAGCAUCACCAGUUCCUCCUGGACGCCUCGCUGGUUCAAGGACAAGCACGACCACCUGCCCAGUAUGCACACCCUCAACUUGACGUCCACCAUCCGCCUGGACCGCUUUGACCUCGAAGAUAUCGCACUGAUGUCAGGCCUCAAGAAACUUUCUCUGUGUGGCUGCUACAGAGUAAGGGGUUCAGAUAUUGAAGUGGUGGCCAAGAAACUUGUGAAUUUAGAGUCCCUUAACCUCAGCAGCACAAAUAUAGAUGACUUGGGGAUACACCACAUCACCCACAAUUUGGUGAACCUCAGAGAGCUGUUCCUGGACAGCUGUGAGGUAAUCUCUGAUGCAUCACUGGCUUCUAUAGGAGUAUGCCUAACUAAAUUGUACAUGUUAGAUAUUUCUCAUGCUGACAAAGUCACUAUGGAAGGUCUUAAAGCAUUGUUUCGCCUGGACAAACUAAAGUUUGUCACUUUUGUUAGGGAAAAGAAGCUCACACAGGAAGAGCUUCAGUCCUUCAAAAAGGGUUUUUUGCAACGGAUCACAGUUGUUGGAUGAUGAUCAUUGCUGAUGCGAUUUAGCUCUUGAUGUGUGAUGUUUUUAGUUUCAUUAAUACUUAUAAAAGUUAUAAAUUUAUCUUUGUCUUGUGAUCAAGCUGUCUUUGAAAGUCUUCUGUGGUUGUACAUUUGGCAUCUAGAUUUGUUAAAAAUGUGUUUUAUUUAUUCUGUAAAUCAGCCAGCUCACUAGGAUUUCCAUUGUUGAGUGAGAAAUGGUCUUUGCACUUCAUCAAGUUUUUUUGUAUCUUGUUACAUCAUUUUUUGUGUACAUUUACAAAUUAUUCUCUUUUUUUGUGAUAUUUUUUUUUGGCAGCUGCUACAUAGAAAGUGUCUUGAAUAUAGGGGGGGGGGGGGUAGCUCAGUUGCUGUAGUGGGACGACCCUGUAUGAAUCUUGAUAUGGCAUUCUGGGACUUUGGUUAUGGACAGAAAAUGCUGUCAGGUUGGCAAAGGAAGUAGGACAGCUGGAUCAGAUGAGUAAAAAAUGUAUUCUUCUAUGAUGAAAAGGGCAAGCAGUUAUAAAGUCGGCUUUCCAGGAGAUAAUGUGAAUAGAAGCUGUAGCAUUCUGACCAUAAUCAGCUUGUUAGCGACUAUGCUGUAUUGAAGGGAACAGGUCAUGCUUUUUAGACUAAGGACAGGUUACAUUAGGCUAAAAGCACAUACUUUAUAUAUCUGGUCAUCACUAUCAUCAGCUUUUUUCACCUCUUGUGGGAGCAUAGACCUCCAUCGAGAACUCUCCAAAUACUUCUGUCCUGGGUUAUAUUCUACACCUCUGUCCAACUGUGUAUCCCAACUCCUUUAGGUCAGAAUCUUAGUCCCUCUUCUAGUAUCUUUAGCCCUUCCUUCCUUUCUCUUCCCUUGUGGAUUCCAUCCUAAGGCUUGGUGGGUAGUAUUUGUUUUCAAUUUUGUCAAAGUGUGUUCAAUCCACUUGUAUAUCCAGGUACUGGAUGCUAAAGACUGGCCUGUCUGAGAUAUUUAUUCGCAAUAUGGCGUCCAUACCCGCAGCACAGUUACUCGAGGAACAGCAAACACUGAACAGUCCCACAGUGGCCUAAUGUCCAGAACCAGUUUCUCUCAGAGAUAUACCCCAUAUAACUUGGAAGCACUGCGACUGACCACUGUAUUUGUGAAGAUGUAUUGCAUUGCCACAUAUGAUGGAGGGAGAAGAUGAGGAACAUAAACUGUUUCAGGAGUUUGGUCCCUUAGAGUUGGACAUUGCAAUGUGUGGGAAAACCUCUUUGAUAACCUUAUCAUGUUGAAAUCGUUGGCAAGAAUCAGGAACUAUUUUUUUUUUUUUAUUUAUUUCACAUUGUUCGAAAUUUUUUUAUGAACUGAGUAGUGUGGCGAUUUUUCAAUGUUUGCAGUAUCACGCUAUUGCUUUUGUUUGUUACUAUUGUCUAAUGUUGUACAUUUAUUUUUGAUUUGGGAUAAAAACUGUUUCUAAAAGUCUUGCGAGACUAUAAAUUAAACAUAUGGAGGUCUUUAAGAUUAAUUAAUGUAAUUCAAAUCAACAGCAUCAGAAAAUGUUACAGAAGAUAUAAGAUCUUUGCGCUUUGUGUCUUUUUCUAUCUAAUUUUAGAAUUAUAGAGGUUUUUUAAUGUUUAAUUCUUUUGUGAUCCUCAGUGACUUCUCACUAGUGCAAAGCUUCAGAAAUGAGUCUUUGACUUUUAACAUUGUUUAUCUCUUUUCAAACCACAAUCUCUUUUCUGAACUUCUGACACCGAGUAAUAUAUUCUGCAGGUAGCUCAAGUAACAGCAGUGAUAACUUUAUAGAAAGUGUCUCCAACUUUAGCAUUCUUGACUUGUUAAACUCUCAACAAGUCUGAGAUAAGAAAACAGUACAUUCUCUGUUGUUAGGGUACUAUAUGAAGAUUUGGAUGUUGCUGGUAUGUACAUUUAUGAAUACUUUUACUAUACUGUUACUUGUAUCAAUUUUGGCAACUGUAAAUACUGUAAAGAUAUGUACAUACAUGUACUUUAAAAAAUGUGUAAAUAAAUUAAAGUUUUGUUGUUUUUUUAUGACAAAAAAAGCUUAUAUUUACAAUACAAUUUGUUUAGAUUUUUACGAUGCUUUAGAUUAAGGUUUCCUUAAGCCUUAAGAGUGUAGAACACAGUCCAUACAUGUGCUGCUCAGCUUUGCAGUUCAUGUGUAGGUAGGCGAUCUUUCGACUGUGUAUGGACAGAUGUGCUUGUAGAAUUGAGAUAUAAAUGAAAUUCCUCAAUUUCGAAAUUUUCCCUAUUUACUCUUUGUAACCAAUUUUGUUUUUCCAUCAGAUUGUACAUACACAUCAUGACGAUUAUGAUAUAUUGCCUUGUUAUUGAAAAUGAAGUACUGUCUAGUAAGCCCAUAGCAAAAUAAUAAUAAUAAUUACUUUGUUAUCCACACUUUGUGUGCAUAUCCACACUCGUCACAUGCUCUGAGUGAGCUCUACAACUGUUAUAACCCCAGCAGACCCUAGAACAUUCAGAAACAUUCUCAGCUUCCCAAGAAGCAUACAGUGCAAGCUGCGGGUUACAUGCUCUAAAACAGAAACAAAUUGACCAGAUUUUUCUCACGUAGUGAAGCAAGCACAUAGCAGUUUUCAGCUCCCAGAUUUUUUCCAAAACAUGUAUUUUCUUUUAAUUUAAAACACAACUUACAUAGCAAAAUUCAUAUACCCAGGGAAAAAAAUUGCUGAUUUCGCUAUGGCGGCUAUGUGCAUGCUGGACUGCAUAUAUUACAUUUGUAUUCAGACAAGAUUUAUUUUUGUUUUCUUGGUAUAUUGUUAUCUGCUGUUCCUCCUGGGGUUGUUGUUUACCUGAUGUUCUUCUUUCUGAAAAGUAUAAUCUUGAAUUAUGUCCAAUGUAAACUGUGAUGUAUUAGCUCUUUUAUUCUAUUUUUUGUGUGUUUCAUUAUAUUAAUCAUUUGAGAUACCACUUUUGUAUAAUGUGAUUCGCUGACUCAAUAAAGUAAAUAUUUCAUUAGCAUA